GAUACACUUUUCUUGUUCACGCAAGCUUUUUAACACCUGUGACAUACACGACAUAUAUCAAUUAGAUCCACAUUCAUUCUCAAUAAUACUACAUAAAUAUCGUCCAACUUAACACAGCUAUAUUAUCCACAUUGGAGAAUUCAAGAUGCAUUCAUUUUUGUUAGCGAUUGGUCUCCUUUGUGUUCAUUGUGCUCAAACGUGCAAACACAGUGGCUACACAAACGUGGCUUACAUGAAAAAGAUUACUUUAAGUUCUUAUCAUAGCAAGAGUCAAUAUCCUGGAUCAAACGCUGUUAAUGGCAAAUUAAACGACGUCACUGCAUCAGAUUGGGAAGCUUCCCCCUGGCUGAGGAUAGACCUUGGGAAAAGCUUCAAAAUACAGAAAAUAGAAGUAAUUGACAGAACGGGAUGUUGUGAGGGUCGCCUACACGAUGUUGAGUUUACAGUUUGGAGUUGUCCAGAUCACAUGAAUUCAUGUGGACGAUACAUUGGGCCUGCAAAGAAUGGCGAAAGGAUCACAGUGUUUUGUCCAAAAAACACAGUUGGGCAAUUCGUACAGCUACAAAUUGUCAAGGGAGAAAAAAACGAAAUAAGCCCUGCAGAAGUCUGUGUCUGGGGAAAACCCAACAACUAAAGGGUGAUAUUAUCGAAAUAUAAAUCCAUAUAUGGAAAUCAUUUUAUCGAUUUAUAUAUCAACAUUAAGAUAUGA